GGGCCUUGCGACGUUCACGCCUCCAGUCCCCGGCGCUCCUCGCCUAACUGCGCCGACUGCGGCGUCUGAGGGAAAAGUGUAGCUGGGUCUGCCGGAAGCCGCACCAAUGUCCUCGGUGCUGUCCUACGAAAGCCUGGUGCAUGCCGUGGCCGGAGCCGUGGGAAGUGUGACUGCAAUGACAGUGUUUUUUCCCUUGGACACAGCUAGACUUCGACUUCAGGUUGAUGAGAAAAGAAAGUCCAAAACUACACAUAUGGUGCUCCUGGAAAUCAUUAAAGAAGAAGGCCUUCUUGCACCAUAUCGAGGGUGGUUUCCAGUUAUUUCCAGUCUCUGCUGCUCCAAUUUUGUCUAUUUCUACACUUUUAAUAGUCUCAAAGCAGUCUGGGUCAAAGGUCAACAUUCUACCACUGGAAAAGAUCUGGUAGUUGGAUUUGUUGCAGGAGUGGUGAAUGUGUUACUAACAACUCCACUCUGGGUGGUAAACACCAGACUGAAGCUUCAAGGGGCAAAAUUUCGGAACGAAGACAUUGUACCAACCAACUACAAAGGCAUUAUUGAUGCUUUUCACCAAAUUGUUCGAGAUGAAGGAAUCUUGGCUUUAUGGAAUGGCACGUUUCCCUCUUUGCUGUUGGUCUUCAAUCCUGCCAUCCAAUUCAUGUUUUAUGAAGGUUUAAAACGGCAGCUUUUAAAAAAACGGAUGAAGCUUUCUUCCUUGGAUGUGUUCAUCAUUGGUGCAAUAGCCAAAGCGAUCGCCACCACAGUCACCUAUCCCAUGCAGACAGUACAGUCAAUCCUGAGGUUUGGUCGUCACAGACUAAACCCAGAAAACAGAACCCUGGGGAGUCUACGGAAUGUUCUCUAUCUUCUUCACCAACGAGUCAAGCGCUUUGGAAUAAUGGGACUCUACAAAGGCCUUGAAGCCAAACUGCUACAGACUGUCCUCACGGCUGCUCUCAUGUUCCUCGUUUAUGAGAAACUGACAGCUGCUACCUUCACCAUAAUGGGGCUGAAGAGUGCUCGCAAGCACUGAGACACUGCCUACAGGAAAGUGCAAAGAUGCUCUCGAUGGGGGAGUCCUUCCAAAUGUCAAGAAGUGAUUCUCCUUUCUCUCUUGUCAUCUGCAACUACAAAGGUUUCUCAUUGGCUGGAAAAACAGCAGAGGGUAUCCAGGGAGUAUAGCCAGCUGAACCUGUUGCCAACUUGAUUUUUCCAAUGACUGGUUGGAUUUGGGGGUGGAAGUUGGACUAAUAUGAAAAGAAAACAUUAUUGAAAACCUAAAAACAAAAGUUGGGGUGUUUGUUGGGUUACUUAAGGGAAAAGGACUGUUACUCUCAUGUGUAAUUUUUCCCAUCCAAAGUUAAAUAUACCAGAUGUUGUCUUUUUCUGAACUCUCUCCCAGAUUCUAGGACAAAUUCAGUGACAUGUAAUUUUCCUCGGAUGCUUUUGUAUGUCUUAAUCCUGGUUUUUCCUUACCACAAAUAUUAUGACUGUGCCAGGGGUGUGACUUUAUUUUGGUUGGGCUUUUUUUCUCCUGCUUAAGGAGAGUUAUGUGAGCUAUUUAUUUUGUGGGGAAAUGAACAUUAUUAAUCCCAAAUGAUUCUCUUACAGACUAUUUGUAAACAUCACUUAUUAAUUCGUGUUUGAGAUAAUUUUUAAAAUAUUUAUUUUCAGUCAACUCUUUCAUUGAGGUUUUAUGUCCAUGCCUAUAAGCCCCAGUCAGUCAAUCCCUAAUAAACUGUCAGCACAAAAGA